CCGGGAACUCUAUUUCCCACAGGGCCCGCGCGCGCUUCUCUAUUUCCCACAAUUCCUUCUUUACUUCCGGCGCGGCCAAGGAGCCGUAGACAGUUUCCGGGUUUGGGCCUGGUUGUAGUAGAGGCGGUGGCGGCCGAGUGGGACGGGAGCAGGUGGAGCUGGGGUACCGGCAUGGACGUUUCGGGGCAGGAGACUGACUGGCGGAGCGCCGCUUUCAGACAGAAGCUGGUCAGUCAAAUUGAGGAUGCCAUGAGGAAAGCUGGAGUGGCCCACAGUAAAUCUAGCAAGGAUAUGGAGAGCCAUGUGUUCCUGAAGGCCAAGACCCGGGACGAAUACCUUUCCCUUGUGGCCAGGCUCAUUAUCCAUUUUCGAGACAUUCAUAACAAGAAAUCUCAAGCUUCUGUCAGUGAUCCCAUGAACGCACUGCAGAGCCUUACCGGUGGACCUGCCUCAGGAGCAGCCGGAAUUGGCAUGCCUCCUCGGGGCCCAGGACAAUCCCUAGGCGGGAUGGGUGGGCUUGGUGCCAUGGGGCAGCCAAUGUCCCUCUCUGGGCAGCCACCCCCUGGGACUUCAGGGAUGACUCCUCAUGGCAUGACUGUAGUGUCUACAGGAACUCCACAGACCCAGUUGCAGCUCCAGCAGGUGGCACUGCAGCAGCAACAGCAGCAGCAACAGCAGCAGCAGCAGUUCCAGCAGCAGCAGGCGGCGCUACAGCAGCAGCAACAGCAGCAGCAACAGCAAUUCCAGGCACAGCAGAGUGCCAUGCAGCAGCAGUUCCAAGCAGUGGUGCAGCAGCAGCAACAGUUGCAGCAGCAGCAGCAACAGCAGCAGCACCUCAUUAAAUUGCAUCAUCAAAACCAGCAACAGAUACAGCAGCAACAGCAGCUGCAGAGGAUGGCACAGCUGCAGCUGCAGCAACAGCAACAGCAGCAACAACAGCAGCAGCAGCAGGCUUUGCAGGCCCAGCCACCAAUACAACAGCCACCCAUGCAGCAGCCGCAGCCUCCCCCCUCCCAGGCUCUGCCCCAGCAGCUGCCACAGAUGCAUCAUCCACAACACCACCAACCUCCGCCACAGGCUCAGCAACCCCCAGUGGCUCAGAACCAACCAUCACAACUCCCACCACAGUCACAGAGCCAACCUUUGGUGUCACAGGCUCAAGCCCUUCCGGGACAGAUGUUGUAUGCCCAACCGCAGCUGAAAUUUGUCCGAGCUCCGAUGGUGGUCCAGCAGCCGCAGGUACAGCCUCAGGUACAGCAGCAGCCAGCAGUGCAGACAGCACAGGCUGCUCAGAUGGUGGCUUCUGGAGUUCAGGUGAUUGCUGAAGCCUUGGCCCAAGGCAGGAUGCAUGUGAGAGCCCAGUUCCCACCUAACUCCACUGACAUCCUCCAUCCUUUGGUUGUACAGCCCCUGCCACAGAUGCUUAUGUUCCAGGUCAGCCAGAGUGGCCUCACUAUGCUGUCUUCACCAUCACCUGGCCAGCAGGUGCAGACUCCGCAGUCGAUGCCUCCUCCCCCGCAGCCAUCCCCACAGCCUGGCUCACAGCCCAACUCAAAUGUCAGCUCCGGUCCUGCCCCCUCCCCCAGCAGCUUCCUGCCCAGCCCCUCACCUCAGCCUUCCCAGAGCCCAGUGACAGCACGCACCCCGCAGAAUUUCAGCGUCCCUUCCCCUGGACCAUUAAAUACCCCUGUGAACCCCAGCUCUGUCAUGAGCCCAGCAGGCUCCAGCCAGGCUGAGGAGCAGCAGUACCUAGACAAGCUGAAGCAACUAUCCAAGUACAUCGAGCCCCUGCGCCGCAUGAUCAACAAGAUUGACAAGAAUGAAGACAGAAAAAAGGACCUGAGUAAGAUGAAGAGUCUUCUGGACAUUCUGACUGACCCCUCAAAGCGAUGUCCCCUGAAAACCCUGCAGAAGUGUGAGAUCGCCCUAGAGAAGCUCAAGAAUGACAUGGCGGUGCCCACACCCCCACCGCCCCCAGUGCUACCGACCAAGCAGCAGGACCUAUGUCAGCCGCUCCUGGAUGCUGUCCUGGCCAACAUCCGCUCACCUGUCUUCAAUCAUUCCCUGUACCGCACAUUUGUGCCAGCCAUGACAGCCAUCCACGGCCCUCCCAUCACGGCCCCAGUGGUAUGUACCCGGAAGCGCAGGUUUGAGGAGGAUGAGCGGCAGAGCAUCCCCAAUGUGCUCCAAGGGGAGGUGGCCAGAUUAGACCCCAAAUUCCUGGUGAACUUGGACCCUUCUCACUGCAGUAACAAUGGCACCGUCCACCUCAUAUGCAAGCUGGAUGACAAGGACCUCCCAAGUGUGCCGCCCCUGGAGCUCAGCGUGCCUGCUGACUACCCUGCCCAGAGCCCGCUGUGGAUCGACCGGCAGUGGCAGUAUGAUGCCAACCCCUUUCUACAGUCAGUGCACCGGUGCAUGACCUCCAGGCUGCUGCAGCUCCCUGACAAGCACUCAGUCACAGCCCUGCUCAACACCUGGGCACAGAGCAUCCACCAGGCCUGCCUCUCAGCUGCCUAGCCAGGAAUGGCAGGGACAACCAAUAGCCUCCUCCAUUCUGUGGAUCCACACCUCAUAUUGGACCUUUCUAGGUGUUGGCUUCCUUAGAGAGCCUGGGGUUAGGUUAGCUUUCCUGCUUUUCUCUUCUGCCUUGGGGUCUUCCCAUACUUGUAUAGUACUGGGCUGUGGAGCUGAAUGAAUGUGGAAGGUGCAGGGAGGGGUCUUCCUAGAGAAGAUUCUCCAUACAGCACCCUCCAGGAAGUCAGACCGUGGACUGUGUUCCCUGUGACCUCUCCAGGCUCCUUGUCCACUCUCAGCAGCAUGAGGGAGAACUCAGGGUCUCAUCCAAGCGUCUUGUGAGUUAGCAUAUGUUCCACUCAUUUCCAUAGGAGGAUGUGGAAGAGGACAUAGGAAAUCCUGACAGUACAACUCUGAGCAGUGUUAGGUUCAGGGCAUGCUGCUUGUGGCAUGUGAAAUGUAGCCCAGAGAUGCUCUGGGACUUGGGUCCCAGGCUCCAUUUCAGAGGGAAGGCCGGCUUCCAGGCAGCAAGGAGUCCCCUGCUGCAGGUGGGCAUCAGGCUGUGUGCUGUGAGGGAGCAGGGGCUGGGGGUCAUAGGAGCCUGUCCCUGGCUCACCUGUGUCACUCUUGGAUAAGGGUGCCAAGUUCCCAUUGUGAGGGAUGAAGACUGACCAGUUGGGUACUGUCCUCUCGGGACCCGGCAUCCUCAGAAUACCCUGUUCUCUGCAUCACCCCUAGAGUGGACUCCCAGUGGGAUGCGGCUAUGCAGCACCUCUGUGUGUUGCCUGCCAUACUGAGCAGCAGCCAGCAGUCCUCUGGUGACAAGAAGUUCCCUUUUUAUAUGUGCACUACCCUGUCAUGUGGUUCAUAUAAUAAAUUUAUUAUUCCUGUGUUCGUUA